AUGAAGUCGUGGCCGGGGUCCUGGGUCCGGGGUCCUGGGACUUGGGUCCUGGGUCCUGGGUCUUGGGUCCUGCUGCUGUCUGCUCUGGGACGAUGGACGGAGGACGCUGAAGCCAGAGACUUUACGGCGAAGGACAUCGUUCACUUACAUCCAUCAACGACUCCUCACCCCGGGAGCUUUAAAUGCUUCACGUGUCGAGAGGCCAGAGACAACUACGAGUGUAACCGCUGGGCCCCGGACCUGUUCUGUCCCCAAGGUGGAAUGGGGCUGUCCAUCUUCGACACUUGCCUCAUCACAGAGGAGCUAGCUUACGGCUGCACCGGGAUCCAGACGGCCAUCGAGGCUAACUCACUCGGGCAAAUGCCUGUGAUCAUCGCAGGGACAGACGAGCAGAAGAGGAAAUACCUGGGAAGAAUGGUGGAGGAGCCGCUGAUGUGUGCCUACUGCGUGACGGAGCCUGGGGCCGGCUCGGAUGUGGCUGGACUCAAAACGAAGGCUGUGAAGGUUGGAGACGAGUACGUGGUCAACGGACAGAAGAUGUGGAUCACCAACGGCGGGAAAGCCAACUGGUACUUCCUGUUGGCGCGCACAAACCCAGAUCCCAAAUGUCCCACGGGAAAAGCCUUCACCGGUUUCAUCGUGGACGCAGACACUCCGGGGAUCCAAGUCGGACGGAAGGAGAUGAACAUGGGCCAGCGCUGCUCUGACACCAGAGGAAUCCUGUUCGAGGACGUGAGGAUCCCCAAAGAGAACGUUCUGCUGGGAGAAGGAGCCGGCUUCAAGAUCGCCAUGGGAGCCUUCGACAAGACCAGGCCCCCGGUGGCAGCAGGAGCGACUGGUCUGGCUCAGAGGGCUCUGGACGAGGCCACGCGAUACGCUCUGGAGAGGAAGACCUUCGGGAAAGUCAUUGCUGAGCACCAGGCCGUGUCCUUCCUGCUGGCGGAGAUGGCCAUGAAGGUGGAGCUGGCUCGUUUGGCGUACCAGCGAUCAGCCUGGGAGACGGACCAGGGGAGACGUAACACCUACUACGCCUCCAUCGCCAAAGCCUUCGCCGGGGACAUCGCCAACCAGGUGGCCUCCGACGCCGUCCAGGUGUUCGGGGGCAACGGCUUUAACAGCGAGUACCCAGUGGAGAAGCUCAUGAGGGACGCCAAGAUCUACCAGAUCUAUGAGGGCACGGCUCAGAUCCAGAGACUGAUUGUGGCUCGUGAGCACCUGGGACGAUACAUGAAAUGA